AUGAGGUUCUUUGCCACGCCUCCCAUCGAUGGAUCCUUGGCACGAUACGUUGCGUACGACGCGGAUUUCUGCUAUAAGUUACCCGAUCACGUAAGCUUCGAGGAAGGAGCUCUUUUAGAGCCACUUUCAGUAGCCGUGCAUACUUGUCGAAGAUCUGGAGUGCAGAUGGGACAACGUGUUCUGGUACAGGGGGCAGGUCCUAUCGGGACGCUUUGUAUGAUGACAGCGAGAACGCUGGGUGCUUCCGAAGUCGUUAUAACAGAUCUGAGCCAAGAUCGUCUUGAUCUGGCCAAGAAACUAGGAGCUGAACAUGCGAUUUGUGUAACAGGAAAGUCGCCGGCCGAGGUGCGGAAGGCUGUUAUCGAAGCCUUGGGAACUGAACCUGACGUCGCUCUAGAAUGCACCGGAGCGCAGUCUUCUAUCGAGUCAGCGAUUUUGGUAAGUGACCAAGAACGUCCAUCAUUCCUGCACCACUGGGAGGUUACCUUUUUAGAGUACUCGUUCGGGAGGCGUGGUAGUGCUGGUUGGUCUAGGAGCAGCACGGGUAGAACUGCCCGUGGUGGAUGCUGCUGUUCGAGAGGUCGAUAUCAGAGGCGUGUUCAGAUAUGUGAAUUGCUAUCCGACGGCGCUCAAUCUUGUGGCGUCUGGAAGAAUCGACCUAUCAGGGCUCACAAGAGCUCACUAUACUCUCGAGGAUACGCUGAAGGCCUUCAAGCGAGCUCAAAAAGCCGAUGUCGUCAAAGUGUUUAUUAUCUGUGA